AUGCAGAGGGUCCGAGCGCUCCCGGGCCAGGCGUUGGUGCCGCAUGGAGAGAAGAGGAAUCCCUACCAGACCGAUGACCUGGGCCUCUCGAUGUACACGUGCCCUCCCAACGAAGAAGUCAGCAUCCGCGAGUUCGAGGAUUUCACCGUGAACCGGCUGAAGCUUCUGCACAUCAUCGACAAGGCUUGCGGCGGCCGCAGCAAAGCCGGCACCAGUUCCGAGUUUCGACUGGAGAACAUGGGCGCCCUGAGGCCGCAGCUGGCACGAGACCUGCGCGAUUGUGGCUUGAGCUUAGGUUACCCUAAAGCAGAUCGCGUCAAUGGCUUCCUUCUCGAAAAGGCAGAGUUUCAGAGUCGAGAUAACAUCUCCCACUUCGCCUUGCGCCUGGCUUUCUGCAAGAGCAACGAGGCUCGCGAGUGGCUGCUGAAGCAGGAGCAGCGCUUGUUCGUCUUGCGAUUCGAGGGCCUGAACACGGACGCAAAGGAGGCUUUCGUGGAGUCCACUGGCAUUCGAGCGCAGAGGUUCGAGGAGCCCUCCGAGGGGGGCCCGACGCUCUCGAUGCUUCAAAAGUGCACGGCUGGCGUGAAGACCUGGAGAGACGGGCGCGCGGAGAUUGAGCAGGUCUUCUAUGCGAUGCCCUUCACCGAGGUACCCCCUGCAUUCAUCGCAGGGAGGAGGGUGGUGGUCAAGAAGGGCAAGGCCUAUGUUCCUGCGAGCUCACUGAAGAUGAUCGUUGCAAAGAAGUUUAAGGACCUCCUGGCAGCAAGCUUGGAUGUGGCCUUCCAAGGCAUCCACAUGGCCCUAGCCGAUCCGCGAGUGGGUCUCUUCCUGCGGCAGCUGCAGGAGAUGGGCAUGCAGCUGGUGCUGCCCAUGCGCACCUCUUCCACGGAGGAAGCCGGCGAGAAGCUGAACCUCGGCAACUUCGAGGAGCUUCUCUCCCGCUCCCUGCCUCCCUGCAUGCGGCGGCUCGUAGAAAGGCAGCGGGAGACCAAGAAGCACUUGAAGCACGCAGGGAGGCUUCAGCUGCGCCCCUUCCUGAAGGAUUGCGGCUUCUCCUUCGAAGACUCCGUCAGCUGGUGGAAGCAGGAGCUGUGCCGCGAUCCGACCAUCGAUUCCGGAAAGUUCGACAAGAAUUACAUGUACGAUCUCGAGCAUGCUUACGGCAAGAAGGGCCACCUUCAAGGUCAGAACUGCUGUGGCUGCCCGAAACUCAUCGGGCUGCCUGGUGAGGCUGUUGGUCAGGUUCACGGCUGCCCCUUCAAGCAGAUGGAUCCCAAAGCCCUGCAGCAGCAGCUCCAGAGGUGGCGGGUGCCCUCGGCAUAUGUCGGGGAGAUCGAGCGGCUGAUCAAGGAAGGCAAGCGGUACCAAGAAGCCUGCAUCGAGUACUUCAAGUCGCAGCACCAGAAUCAUGAGGGUGACGGCGUUGGCAAUAGUCCCCUGGAUUUCUUCAAAGAGAGCUGUGUUUAUCACAAGAAGAAGGCCAAAGAUGCCGCGAAGGGAGAGUCGGCGGGCAAUCCGGCGCCAGUUGCCGAUGCUUCGAAGCAGUGA